AGGUUUAACGGGGAGUAGAUGCCAUCACCUGUAGCGAGGCUGCACACUGGUGUGAGAGCGUGCACGCAAAGGCUGUCCUCAAGCUAUAAUUCAGAUCCCGCUGCUGACAGAUUUAACCUGCACUAUGUUUUCCGGUGUUUUUUACAUUUAUCUACUCUUCUCAUCUCCUUCGAGGGGUGUUUCACACCUUCCUGCGUCUCACUGAUACAUACUCAGAUCCAGAAUGGAGUCAUUAAACCAAUCCGGGUGGGUGGGAACAAUCCCAGGGAAUUAUAACUCCUCCUCCUUUGGACUGGGAUUUUCAGGAAGUCCAGUUGGGAAUUACACUGGCAAUGUGUCCGAUCAAAGCAUGCCGUUUCAAGGGAGCAGCACGAUGGUUACUGCGGUCAUAUCAUUCACCGUGUUCAUCGUUGGACUCACUGGCAACACUUUGGCUAUCUACGUAGUUUUGCGCUAUUCUAAAAUGAAAACAGUUACAAACAUUUACAUUUUAAACUUGGCUGUGGCCGAUGAGCUGUAUAUUUUGGGCCUCCCUUUCCUUACGACGCAAAACGUACUGUCCUACUGGCCGUUUGGCUCAUUCCUGUGUCGCGUCGUCAUGACGGCAGACUCGUUAAAUCAAUUCACAAGCAUCUUCUGUUUGACAGUGAUGAGUAUUGAUCGCUAUUUAGCAGUAGUGCAUCCUAUCCGCUCCACUAGUUGGCGCCGACCACGAGUAGCUAAAGCAGUUAGCGCAGCGGUGUGGGUGUUUUCCUUCAUCGUUGUUCUCCCCGUGGUGAUAUUCUCUGACGUUCAGGACAUGUUUAACUCAUGCAACAUGAGUUGGCCGGAACCACGAGACAUUUGGUCGAUGGCAUUCAUUCUUUACACCGCAACGCUUGGAUUCUUCGGCCCCCUGCUGGUCAUCUGCAUGUGUUACCUGCUCAUCGUAGUCAAGGUGAAGUCGUCCAGUGCACGGGCGGGAUUUACGAAGCGCAGACGCUCCGAGCGAAAGGUGACCCGCAUGGUGGUGGUGAUCGUGGUGGUGUUCGUCCUCUGCUGGCUGCCGUUCUACAUCAUCAACAUUGUAAACCUGGUGUUCAUACUCCCAGAGAACAGCGUGAUGGCAGGGGUGUAUUUUUUCGCCGUCAUCCUAUCGUAUGCCAACAGCUGUGCCAAUCCGCUGCUCUACGGGUUCUUGUCCGACAACUUCAAGCAGAGUUUCCGGAAGGUGCUGUGUGUGCGCAAGGCAAACGGCGUGGAGGAUGGAGAUCCCAGUGUGCCGCGGACGGAGAAAACGACGACCCACGAUACCUUCCUGACGCCUCAGAACAAUGACUUUAAUGGACACGUACAGGGCAGCCAGGUGUGGCCUGAGCCUCAAGCCACGCCCCUGAGCGUGCCAGUGACUCCGCCCUCCCGCGCAGCAGCGCUCAGCCUCCACCCGGUGCCCGCUGUCGCCACGCCCAGCUUCAGCCGUGACCUGUGACCCCGGCGGGUCGUGAGGGCCCAUCCGAACAAUGCCAGGAUACUUUGUUUUGGGUGGAGGGUGCUGUGUGUGCUGGAAACACCAGGGUCUUCAUGCACAUGGAAACCUGGAAAUAUCAGGAAUUUUUAAAACGGCCUGGAAAAUUCUAUGUUGAAUUUAAAUGCUUUAAAAUAUUUAAUCAGUUAAGAAUUACUAUUUGUGAAUUUGUAAAACACUAUUAAAAACCUGGAGUCUGAGGCCACCAGUGAAAAUCUGUUUCGUGUUUUUAGAAUUUAAUGCAAUCCCUUCAACAUCAAUAUAAUAUUAGCAAAACAAUUUUUAAGUUUUUCUUUAAUGAUUAAGUGCAAAGCCUGAGUUUCUCCAGCAUGACCUAAAAAGGAAUAAUGCAGAGUCUGAAAUCUGUUUUAAAUUUUUUUAAAUCCAAACACUUUCUGGUUUAAAUUACAUUUUGAAUCCCAGAUUUUCAGCGUGGUCUCAGACUUUUGGGCCCAACUUUUAAAGAGUUUUAAGAAAGGAUGAAAAAGAAACCGGAGAGGGAUUUAGAAGAGAGACAGGACUUCAGAUGCAAUUGGUAUAUUGCUUUUCACUCACACACACACACACACAGACACACACACACACACAAGCUUUAAAACAGAAACAUUCAAUCAAUUUUCCUGCAUUAAACACAAAGUAACCUUUUCUCUUUCUCUUCUACAAUCAAAUGAUUGAUGUGAAGUGAACAAAAAAGAAACACCCACACACAGAAAAUGUAUUAUAUGUACCUGCUACAGCUGAUUGCGAAAAACUCUGCGUAUCCCAGUGUCCUUCACAACCACAGACUAAUACGCUGUGUUCCUUCAGGAGUUCAGCAGUCUAAAUGUGGAAAAGUGCAGUAGAACUCCAAGAAGUUUGAUGUGAUACUUGGAAACUUAUUCUAAUACGAUCGGCACCCAGUUAUCAUUAAUAUUCCCUUUUAAACAGAUCAAAAUUAUUCCAACUACAAGAUAAAACCAGGUUACCAAAUCAGCAGGGUUAUUAGUGCUAACUAAAAUUAAGGCCGUAAAAAUCGUAUUUUCUUGAAAUAGCUAAUGUUAUUGCAAUGGCAAAAUUUUCAUUUAGUUUGAGUUGAAGUACUAUUAUAUAACUAAACAGAAGCAAAACUUAAAGCUAAUAACGUAAUAACUUAACUAUAUAGAAUUUUUUUUUAAUAAAAAUGACCAA